GUUUAAAGCAUUCAUACACGAGACUGGUGGAGGUCGGCGAGAAUUCUACAUCUGUCUGGAUUGUCUAUUAACAUUCUGGAAUACAGUGUCUCGGUAAAAUGCAAGAACCCAAAUUUUGUCAGAGUUGGAUUUUCUACGUGUCAACUGGUAUUUUCUACGGUUUUGCGAACACAAGCAGCAGUUGAAGACGGAAGGGAACAAGUGUACACAAAAUGUUUUUAGCCUCCUAAUGAAGUAAAUCCUAGUGUACACAUAUGUGCACCAAU